GACUGUGUUUUCUACUUUCUGUAUCAUCUGGUUCAGUCUGUUCACUGAAGGAAGACAUCUAAGAUUGGGGAGAGGAUGGAUGAUGCUUACAGGGACAGGACUACCCUGAUGAGGGGUGCCAAAGACAUUGCCAAGGAAGUUAAGAAGCAAACAGUUAAGAAAGCAAACAUAGGAGCAGACCACACACAGACUGAAUACAACCAGACAUCUUAUGCUAAUUUUCAAGAUGACGAAGGCUAUAACUAUCAUGGAGGGACAUAUGGAGAGGAACCUCAUGAAGAUGAAGGAUCAAGUGAUGCUACUGAAGGCCACGAUGAAGAAGAUGAGAUUUAUGAAGGGGAGUAUCAGGGAAUCCCAGAUGUGGGUCAGAGGAAGGAGAACCAGGUAGCGAUAGGACAACCUGUCUCCGAUGAGUACAAGGACCGUGAGGAGCUAGAUGCUGAGAGGAGGGCUGACGAGGAGGAGCUGGCGCAACAGUAUGAGCUGAUCAUUCAGGAGUGUGGGCAUGGCCGCUUCCAGUGGGCACUAUUCUUUGUGCUGGGAUUGUCUCUCAUGGCAGAUGGAGUGGAGGUGUUUGUGGUGGGUUUCGUCCUGCCAAGCGCCGAGACAGAUAUGUGUGUAGAGAACUCCAGUACAGGAUGGCUGGGAAGUAUAGUGUACCUUGGGAUGAUGUUGGGGGCCUUUUUCUGGGGUGGCCUAGCAGACAAGAUCGGCCGGCGGCAAGCCCUCAUCAUUUGUAUGUCCGUCAACGGAUUCUUUGCCUUUCUUUCAUCCUUUGUCCAGGGUUAUGGGCUCUUCCUCUUCUGCCGAUUCUUUGCUGGAUUUGGGAUUGGAGGAGCAGUUCCAGUUGUGUUUUCCUAUUUUGCUGAAGUCUUGGCCCGGGAAAAGCGUGGUGAGCACUUGAGCUGGCUCUGCAUGUUCUGGAUGAUUGGAGGAAUCUAUGCAUCUGCCAUGGCUUGGGCCAUCAUCCCUCAUUAUGGUUGGAGUUUUAGUAUGGGCUCUGCAUACCAGUUCCACAGCUGGCGGGUGUUCGUCGUUGUCUGCGCUCUUCCCUGCGUCUCCUCUGUUGUUGCACUCACGUUUAUGCCUGAAAGUCCCAGAUUCCUGCUGGAGGUGGGGAAACAUGAUGAGGCCUGGAUGAUUCUGAAGCAAAUUCAUGACACCAAUAUGAGAGCACGGGGACAGCCCGAGAAAGUGUUCACUGUCAAUAGAAUCAAGACUCCAAAACUGAUCGAUGAAUUGAUAGAGAUACAAACAGACACAGGCACUUGGUAUAUGCGAUGGCUUGUUCGAAUCAAGACUGAAUUGCGCGGUAUUUGGAUGACAUUCAUGCGAUGCUUUGAUUAUCCUGUCAAGAAAAACACCAUUAUGUUGAUUACAGUUUGGGUAACCUUGUCCUUUGGUUACUAUGGUCUCUCUGUCUGGUUCCCUGAUGUCAUCAAGCACCUUCAAGCUGAUGAGUACGCAUCUCGAGUGAAAAGGUUUUAUGGCGAAAGAGUUGAAGAUUUUGCGUUCAACUUUACACUGGAAAACCAGAUCCACACGAAUGGAGAAUACAUUAGAGACAGGUUUACCAUCAUGAAGUUUAAAGCAGUAACUUUUGAAGACUCCCUGUUUAAGAACUGCUAUUUUGAAGAUGUUACAUCAUUAACUACUUACUUUAGGAACUGCACAUUUAUUGAAACUCUUUUCUAUAACACAGAUCUUGAAGAGUCUAAAUUCAUUGAUUGCCAGUUCAUCAAUACUACAUUUCUUCAUAAUAAGAAAGGCUGCCAGAUUAACUUUGAUGAGGACUACAGUGCCUAUUGGAUCUAUUUUGUCAACUUCUUAGGAACACUAGCAGUGUUGCCGGGCAACAUUGUAUCUGCACUCCUCAUGGACAGGAUUGGGCGCUUGACAAUGUUAGGUGGAUCCAUGGUUCUGUCUGGGAUCAGCUGCUUUUUCCUAUGGUUUGGGACCAGUGAAGCCAUGAUGAUUGGAAUGCUCUGCCUAUACAAUGGUCUGACUAUUUCAGCGUGGAACUCCCUUGACGUGAUCACUGUGGAACUUCUGCCAACCGACAGGAGAGCGACAGGAUUCGGAUUCUUGAAUGCCCUGUGUAAAGCAGCAACUGUACUCGGAAAUCUCAUUUUUGGUUCUUUGGUUGGUAUAACCAAAGCAAUCCCGAUCCUGCUGGCAUCCACUGUCCUUGUCUGCGGAGGCCUUAUGGGACUCCGGCUUCCUGAUACAAGAAACCAGGUGCUCAUGUGAUUAGGUAAAGCCAUCUGAUGGAUUUUUAGUUGGCCAGUGGCAGUGGUCAAGUGAGAGAUUUGAAUAAAAAAGCCUGUAGUGUAAGAAAAAGUAGUGUCACACACAAGUACGUCUGCUGGUUCUUUGCUUUCCCUGAAGAUUCCUUCCUAUAUCCUUGAACUGUACGCACUCUUACUUCAUUUAAAGUCAUGUGAUCAAUGAUGCUGCAGAACGCACAUACACAAUCGUUUGUAUGGCUGAGAGAGCAUAAAGAAGGAAUGGUGAAUCUGUUCCGACAGCAGGUUUUUAUGGAGUGUGUGACCGUUAUUCAGGUUUAUCCACCCUUCCAUCACUUUAAACCAAUGUAAAACAAUAAAUCAGCCAAUGCAUCAAAUCAGUAAAGUUCUGAAGCAAGUCUAGAAGCAAACAAUGAGAUGCCAUUAUUCCUAAUAGUGUUUGCAACAGCCAUGAUGUGAAAUUAUUCCAUUCCUUUAACAUUGACUAAAUCAGUUUUUUCAGUUGUUUUUCAAAAAAUGUUAACUUCCGCGGACAAUGUUUUGUUUAAGUGGGAAUAGAGAAGACUGUAAUUGCAAUGCAGAAAUUGAUUUCCAACUGUAGCCCAUUUCUUACUAUCACUUUAAAACUGCAUACAAGCUCACCUAAUGAUGAAUCAAAAUAGCAGUGUCCCACAGAAAAGAAAACUAGUCUCUCGCAUUUCCACUUGUCCUUUAAUAUUUUCAUUUAUAAAUACAUUUAAUAACGAUGCUACAAAACAACAGACACUUCAAGGAAGUAAUUUAUUGUACAGAGAUUUGAGACAUUACAAAAGGAGAGAGCUGUACAAUUGUCAGUAAUAUUAUACUGAUUAUACAACAUUAAAAAGUUUAAACUGUA